AUGUCAACAUGCUGGUGGGAAAGUCUCGUUGUGCAAUCUCGCGACAUACCUGCUCCCGAUUCCGUUGUCACCUUUCUCCGCUCCGAGAUCGCCUGGCGCGAGAUAUUCGGUGUCGCUGAGCUCACCCACUUGAUAGGGUUUCUCCAAGAAUUGCUAUACAUAACCCCUUCCGUCACUGCGGACUUGAUUAAAACACACCGCUUCGAGAUCACUCUCCACCGGCUCAAGCCCGAACUCGAUUCGCUUUGGAGGAGACAAGCGGAGGACCUACCGACUUAUGAUAUCUUCAGGGAAGGAGAAGGCGAGGCAUUGACGGAGGAUGAGUUGAGAGAGAUCAGAUGGAGGAUGGAGUUUGAUCAUGUCAAAUUGUACGCCAAUGCCAUAGCAAUGCGCGCUGCACAAACUCGCUCCCGCAACAAGCUACAACAUCCAAACGACACUGUCUACCACACCAAUGUCAUGACUGCCGUGGAAGGACCCUUCAUCCUCGAAGCGGUGGAUGCGGCACUGUCGCUCGUACGGUGCGGGAUCGUCAUGGGGAAGAAGGGUGUACUGAGAUACUGUCCCUGUAGAGUGUUUACUAGACUUGUUUUUGCGAGUGUCUUUCUGAUGAAGGCCGUCUCUUUCGGGGCCAUCGGUCAGCCAGAUACAGAAAUCAUCGAUCUGGAAUAUACCUUGAUCGACUCUCUAGCUGCCUCCAGCGCAGACGAGCAUCAUAUUUCAGCGUAUCUCGCAAAGCUGCUGAGCAAGGUAUUGGAAAGUAUUCCUAGACGUGGGAUGGCGCCUGGACGUCUGGACCCGGGGGCAGAUGAGGUCUGCUUGUUAUUCAACAGCCAUCUAGAGGGCCAAGGAUCUAGGUCCGGCGCUCCAGACAUGUCUAGUGGUCUUGCACAUCAGCCAUUAGAUUUUGGUGUCGGCGGGUCUGCCCACAGUGGGACAGGUGCAGGAAACGUGGGUGUUGGAUGGGAAGAAUCGAUGAGCAUGCUCUUUGAUUUGGGAUACAACCCCACGAGUAUAGUGAGUGAUAUAGAGGAUAUGUUGGCGGCGUCCGAUCCAGGGUUCUUUGGAAUUGAGACCGGGGGGCUAGGAGAUAUGUGA